AUGGCCUAUGACCGCUAUGUGGCCAUCUGCAAGCCCCUGCACUACGGGACCCUCCUGGGCACCAGAGCCUGUACCAGCAUGGCAGCAGCUGCCUGGGGCAGUGGCUUUCUCAAUGCUCUCAUGGAAACCGCCAAUACAUUUUCACUGCCUCUCUGCCAAGGCAAUGCCCUCAACCAGUUCUUCUGUGAAAUCCCACAGAUCCUCAAGCUUUCCUGCUCAAACUCCUACCCAAGGGAAGUAGGGCUUCUUGUGGUUAGUGCCUUUUUUGGUAUUGGAUGCUUUUCUUUUAUUGCUCUAUCCUACAUACAGAUCUUCAGAGCUGUGCUGAGGAUCCCCUCGCAGCAGGGACGGCACAAAGCCUUUUCCACGUGCCUCCCUCACCUGGCUUCCAUCUCCCUGUUUCUCAGCACACUCAUGUUUGCCUACCUGAAGCCCCCCUCUGUGUCCUUCCCAUUCCUGGACCUGGUGGUUUCGUUUCUGUACACGGUGAUACCUCCAGCAUUGAAUCCACUAAUCUACAGCAUGAGGAACCAGGAGCUCAAAGUUGCACUCAGGAAAUUAAUGACUAGAUGUGUUUCAAAA